AUGGCUGUCGGAGGCGAUUUUGGAUGCGGCAUUUGCCAUUUCCCGAUCGUACUGCACACGCAAACACUCAGGGAACGCGCGAUUUUUUGGCGUCGUUUACGGCAAACAGAUGAUUCCAGAACGGUACAUCAGUUAGGAAUCAGUCAACGACCAGAGUUGGGAAAGACGGCCGGUCGGAUCGACCGUCACACCCUCGUCGCGCGCCUCUCGUGCAGCACCAAGGCUGGACGACGCCGCGAUUUACCCAACUUUUCGAUCCACAACACGAUGAGCGACCCGGACAGAAUACCAGCUCCGAGCUACGCGCGUCACGAUCCAGGUCGCGCGCCCCCGCCCGAUCGUUCGCACGGCGGCGGGAGGCGGCACCACCCCGCUCGCGGAUCUGAUCGGGACGACCCGGACUACGACCGGCACGGUUCGACGGGCGGCGGGAGGAUCCCCCGCCCCGCGCCCGCCCCUAGGUCACGCUCUCCGGACGGGAACCGCGGCGAGUUCGAGUUUGGCGUGGUCAAGACGGUGAGGGACUCGUUCGGCUUCGUGCGUACGCUCAGCAGGAACGGACCCGAUCUGUUCUUCCACGCAUCCGAGGUUCUGGAGCGUAACGGCAUCGACGACCUCCGCGUGAACGACGAGGUCAAGUUCGUGGUGCGCGAGGCGGUCCCGGGGGCGGGGCCGAGGGAUAAGGACGGCAAGGCCAACGCGCUCAUGGUGCAGAGGCUGUCCGAGGAAGAUCGCAGGCCCGUCGUGGUGGACGAGAGCCUGGUGGGAAAGGUGGUCCGGGGCCUGCGGGGCCGGACCAAGAUGGACUCCUACGGCGGGAGAAUCUCGUUCAUGCACCCGCAGAACAAGCCGAGCGACGACGACAAACCAGUGGUCGACGACGACGAGUUUCCCGCGCUCGGCGGCGGACCGGCGCCGCCCGCUCCCGCCAAAGCCAAAAAAGACCCCGAACCCUCACCGGCCGAGGCGCCGCCCAGGGAGAGGAGCAUCGAGUUCGAGGGCGCGGACCUGGACGAUUCGUGCCCCAGGCUCAAGGUUGGCGACACCGUCGUGUUCGACGUCAUCGAAAACAGGUUCGACGGCAGGCGCAGGCCCGAUCGCAUCAGGCUCUCCCGGCGCCAAACAGAUUCUGACGACCGAAAAGACGACAAGAAGGACGGCUCGUCCGCCAACGCGUCGUCGCACGCCGUCACCGACGCCGAGGGACGAACGCUCGGUCGCAUCGAGAAGCUCACCCAAUCGUACGGUUUCAUCCGCAAGGUGGGCGCGAGGCUCGAGGCGAUCAAGUCCGGGGAUGAGUCCGGCGGCAGGAGGCCCCCGAGCCUGUUCUUCCACUACACCAACCUGGACCGACAGACCCGCGAGGACGACCUGCGCGUGGGCGACGCCGUCUGGUUCCGCGGCGGUAACGACGGAAGGUCGGGUAAGCCCACGGCGGUGGACGUGGGCGCCACAAGGGACGCCGAGGAUCGGGCCAGGUCGGUCGAGCGCGAGGAGCGCGAGGCCGUCGCCGCGGUCAACGCCAAGAGCAACCCGAGCGACGCCGACAGGUGGGGGAAGAAGGAGGGCGGCGGCGGCGGCGGCGCGGGAGAUUCCGCGGACGACGGGUUCGAGUACGGCGUCGUGGUGAUCAUGAAGGCUUCCUUCGGGUUCAUCAAGUGCUGCGAUCGCACGCAGGACCUCUUCUUCCACUUCACGGAGGUUAAAGGGGGCGAGGACGCGGUGAGCGUCGGCCAGGAGGUUCGGUUUGUGUGCAAGGAAGGUGAGUCGGGCGGGGGCGGCCGGGGCGGCCGGGGCGGGGGAAGGAACGAGCGCCAGAUGUGCGCGGUCAUGGUCGAACCCGCACCCAAGGGCAGCGCGGUGUUCGAGACCGUCUCCGAGGGUGAGCGCAGGGGUUGGUGCAGGGAUAAGCUCAUGUUCGGUCACCGAUCCGGGUCGUACGAGAAGAGCGGGUCCCCGUCGCCCACCGGAACCCUGGAGUUUGAGGUUGGGGACGACGACGAGGAGUUCCCCCCGCACCAGGCCAAGACGGGCAAGAAAGACACCGAGCUACCGAAGGACGACGCGAUGGAGGGUGACGUCGACGAGGAGAAGGAGGGUGAAUCGGCCAAUGAGAAGGAGGAGGACGCGGCCAAGCCGGCGGCGGCGACGAAACGUAAAAUCGCGCUCAGGUACGACCGCCGCGGCUUGAAGGACGCCAAGGUGAACCCCCGACCGGGCGACAUGGUCUCGUUCAAGGUCAGGACGGACAAGCGCUCGAACGUGAGGUCCGCGACGGAGGUGACCGUGAUCAGAUUCACCGGCGUGGUCGCGGCGGUCAAGUCUCAGGGAUCGUACGGAUUUCUCGAGCACGACGAUCCCGACGCCAUCGUCCCGGUCGACUCGGGCGACUCCGACUCGGAGGAUGAGCCCGAGGAGCGACCCGAGGAGUACAUCGAGGUCACCGGGGUUCACUCCACCCUCUCCGAUGUUCAGGGCGGCGACGGUAGGAUCAAGCUCGUCCAGCUCAGGGGUCCAUCGGAGGGCCUCGAGAAGAGGUCCCGAAAGGACGCCGCCAAGCGCGGCGUCAUGCGCGUCUUUUUCCACGGCUCCGAGGUUGAGGGCAACGUCACGCUCGCCGAGGGGGACGAGGUGGAGUAUUCCGUCUCCCUGCCGGCGGCCGGGAGCUCGUCCAAGGAACCCGCGGCGCGCAAGGUGGUUCGAACCAAGGAGGCGCCCAAGCCCGAGCGCCCCAAGUUCACCAACACCAAGCUGAGCGGCUCGUCCACCAACCUCCAUUCUGGCGGGACGGAUUCGGACGGCGAGAGACCCGCGAGCACGGUGUUCACCGCGGCGACCACGUUCAUCAACGCCAAGGGACCGGACGGAACCAAGGGUUUCGCCAUGGGACGCGGGAAGGGUCUCGCGGAGGCUGCGGCCGCGGCGGUGUCCAAGCUCAAGCUCACCGCGCAGGCUUUUGUCCCACCCGCCGGAGGGAACGGCGACGACGUCCAACUGACGGCGGCGCAGACGGAGGACGCGUAA